AUGAUGUGUGGCGGGAAGAUGGCGAAAGGGGCGAAGCAUGGCGUGCGAGGUUCAUCCCGAGCACUUCUCUUCGCCCUUGUUCUCGUCUGCAUUGGUCCUACUCCUUUCUCGGCGAGCCCAACCUUUGUCAAAAGCUCAUUCUCGGCAAGGUCUUCCGCUGGCAUGCAUCAAAGAAUGGGGCAGGUCCGCUGUGCCCAGGCUGGCGAUCCGAGCAACGACAGCAAAGACAAACCGAAGAAGUAUGCAGAUGAUGUGAUGCCAGAUGUGACAGGCUCUGUUCGCCUCUAUGCCACUCACACGCUGUGCAUUUCCUGCUUAGCCUGCUGCUGUCAAUUCAAGCGGCUUCUGCCCAACGUGAAGCUCGAGGUCGCCUUUGAUGUUUGGCGUGAAACACGGAGGUGGGUGGGCUCUGGCGAAGAGGUCCUGGCCCGCUUUGAGGCGCAGGAGGAGCAGGAACGCCAGUCGAGGCAAAAGCAGUAG